AUGGAGAUAAAGCUUUAUUGCAUUUUGCUGUAUGCAUUCCUAAUAACCAUAACCUUCCCAAUGCUUUCUUCUGAAGCCAAACAACCUUUGAGCCUUGCAACUGAUCAAACUUCCCUUCUUUCACUCAAACAUACAUCUCUUUUACUUGCAACUAAUUGGACCAACUCCACCUCCGUCUGCACCUGGAUUGGCGUCACUUGCAGCUUCCGCCACCACAGAGUAGCAGCCUUGAAUCUCUCCGCCACCAUUCCACCACAGCUCGGACACCUCUCCUUCCUCGUCUCCCUCGACCUCUCCAACAACCAUUUCCAUGGAGAUUUGCCUCAAGAGCUGUCUCUCCUUCGCCGUUUGAAGUUCAUAUCUUUCCGACUCAACAACUUCACCGGAGACAUCCCUCCCAUGUUGGGUCAGUUAUCAAAAUUAGAGUACUUGUCUUUACGCAACAACAGCUUCAUAGGUUCCAUCCCAAAAUCUCUCUCAAACCUCACAAACCUACAAUAUCUUUCCUUAUCUUCCAAUUCUCUAAGUGGAGAAAUUCCAAAAGAGUUUGGGAGACUUCAAAGUCUACAAACUCUGUCUAUUCAAUCUAAUCAUCUCUACGGUGCUAUACCAUCAGCCAUAUUCAACAUAUCGACCCUUGUAUCUAUGGCCUUCACAUACAAUGAAUUGAGUGGAAGUCUUCCAACAGACAUGUGCCGUAAUCUUCCAUUUCUUACUAAGAUUUAUCUUUCUGACAAUCAGCUGAGUGGCGCGAUUCCCACAAAUCUAUCCCAAUGUUUACGGCUUGAGAUGUUAAGCCUCGCAUACAACUCUUUUAGUGGGGAGAUACCUUCAGAAAUCGGCUACUUAGCAUCUCUUCGGGAGUUAUAUGUUGGUGGUAACAAUUUGAAUGGAAUACUACCACAUGAGAUUGGUCAUCUGCAGAGUCUGGUUACGUUUGGUGCUGAACGUAAUGAGAUUGCGGGCUCAAUUGAUUUCAAUAUUUUCAUGAAUAUGUACGACAACUACAGUUUUGAAAUCUCAUCUUUUGCAGGGCUUAUUCCCACUGAAUUUGGCCAACUUUACCAUUUGCAAACAUUAGUACUAGAGUUGAACAACUUGAGUGGUUCAAUUCCACAUGAGCUCUUUAACAUUUCAACUCUUCGGUUUCUUUCACUUCUCGGCAAUACUCUGUCAGGGCUUCUUCCAACCCAUUUAUGCCAUGCCUCUCCCUUUCUUGAACAACUUUAUCUUGCCAUAAAUUCUAUAACAGGAGCAAUACCCAACUCCAUCUCUAACUGUUCUCAACUCACAAUUCUCACACUCGGUGAAAACAAAUUCAGUGGUUAUAUACCUACUCAUCUCGGCAACCUAAGGCAUCUCCAAAGACUUCAACUGCAUGGAAACAAUCUUAUCCAGGCACCAUCUUCUUCCUUCAUUACUUCAUUGACAAAUUGCAGGUCUCUAACUCUUUUGUCAAUUGAUGAUAAUCCUCUAAAUGGUGUCAUUCCAGCUUCUGUCGGGAACUUAUCUUCCUCACUUCGAACAUUCAGUGCCCAGAACUGCAAAUUCAGUGGAAGCAUUCCUGUAGAAAUAGGCAAUCAAAGCAAUAUGAUGGGCUUAGAUUUAUCUGGGAAUGAGUUAUCCGGUAAUAUUCCACUAUCUAUAAGCCAUUUGCAUGAACUUCAAGGAUUAGAUCUGUUUGGUAACAUGUUGGGAGGCUCAAUACCACAUGCUAUAUGUGAUCUAUUCAGCCUCAAUACUUUAGGUAUGAGCCAUAAUCAAUUUUCAGGCCCAAUUCCUAAAUGUCUGGGAAAUGUCUCAUCCUUAAGAUAUCUUUAUCUAGACUCCAACAUUUUGAAUUCAAGCAUACCAUCAAGCUUAUGGGGCCUAAAAGAUUUGAUCAAUCUAGACUUGUCCUCGAAUUCAUUAAAUGGGUUCUUACCACAAGAGAUAAGUAACUUAGGAGCAGCAAUACAUAUAAAUCUAUCGAUGAACCAGUUGUCAAAGUCUAUUCCUAGCACUAUUGGGAAGUUGCAGAAUUUGGUUGAUCUGUCUUUGGCAAAUAAUAGACUAGAAGGUUCUAUUCCUGUGUCUAUGGGAAGCAUGAUUAGUUUGGAAAAUCUCGACUUGUCGUACAACAACCUCUUUAGAAGCACUUCAACACCUCGACUACUUUAA